AGCAGCCACACAGAAAAAAAGUUUAAAUCAACUCAGAGCUGAGGAGGGAGGGAGAGAGGAGGGGGGAGAAAACGCCCUGGAAACUUGGUUGAUCAAGAAAUAGGAAAAGAGUGAUAGAAUCCUAACAGACUGCAAAGUUGUGACUGGAAGAAGAGCUUUCCUUGGGCUGGGGAGACAGGGACACGACACGUUUUCAAGGAUGCUCAAGCUGGUGUGAGGCUUCUUGGGCGCAAAGACUGCGCACAGAAGCUAAGAACACAAGAAACACAGCGUUGGACCGAAGGCCUCGGCCCUGCUUGAGCAAUCCAAGGAAAACCAAGAUAGCGCUUCCAUCACACCGGGGCUUAAACUCAGGAAAGCAAAAACAAGAUGGCUGAAGAGGAGGAAACAAGAGAGGUGCUCUUUCCAGAUUGGGAGGGUCCUGACAAAACUGGCUUGACCAUUGAACAGACAAGUGGAGGAGAGCUCUAUGUUAAGGAGGUGAAAGGAGAGUCCCCUGCGGCACGAUCUGGAAAAGUAUAUGAAGGUGAUCAGAUUGUGGGUGCCACUGUCUACUUUGACAACAUGAGCUCAGAAGAAACGGCUGAGCUACUGAAGACACUGAACCGCCACAAGGUUGGACUGAAACUACAAAACAAAUCUCCUUGCUGCUCACCCUUGAGCACACCAUGUCGUUCACCAAUCGGCACCCUAACAUGGGAAGGGAAGACUCGGUUUGGAGGUUCCAGUCCAGACAUCAUCCUUAGUGGGGAGGAUGAGGACUAUAAGAGAAUAUACACAAAAAAGAUUAAACCACGGCUGAAAUCUGAAGACCUUGCAGAAGGAGUGGAUGUUCGCACAGAGCGGCAUAGCAGCACAAGCAGCGAUGGCAGCACAAUUACUACCAUCACCCGCCGCAUCACUACCUACACCGUUGAUAUGCCAGGUGGCAUAAGUGAGCAUCUUGAACUUUCAAGCCCAGAGUUCAAGGGGCUAAAGCACGAAUCUGGAGAUGGCUCUCCUCAUAUCAGAAUCUCACAUGGCAGCCCUUCAGGUAAAGUGGGAAUAGAAGGGAGUGUUUUUGAGGCAAGCAAUAUCUCUUACACUGGGCCACAAGUCAGCAUCACAGAGACACACUCAGUCAGUGGGGGUGUUCAGACAAGAGAGGUAGAAAGAGAAAAAGGUGCAUAUCCUGGAUUUAAAGGGUCUAACUUUGGAGUAACAGGGGUUAAAGGCCAAGGAGACCUUGAGAGCUCAAGAGGAAGAGGAGAGCAAGGUGAUAGAAGCAUUCAGGUGUCAGGGACAAGCAUGACACUAAGAGACAGCACAAACACUGGUAGUAAGCAUGUUUCAAUAGGAGGGCUGGUAGGUGCAGAGAUAACCUCAACUGAUGAGAAUGGAGGGUCAAUUAGUAUGUCUUUGCCAGGAAAAAGCAUGCAGAUUUUGACUUCAUCCACGGAUAAAACACAAGAGGGAAGUGUCGACACCAGUUUAAGUGGGGGGACAAAGGUGAAGGUAUCAGAAACUACCAUCAGUCACCCACAGGCAAAGAAAUCAGGCAGUACUGAUAUUCAGAAUGUCAGGCUUGAUGGAGGUUCCAUACUUACUGAUGCUGACUUGAGAAGUGGCAGGAUAGGAGGAUCAGCAAUAACAGUAGGCACUGUUACCUCAGGAUAUUCCUCAAGGCCAGGCAAGAUUUCAGUGGCAGGUGUGGAUGUCAACCUCACAGGUUCAAAGUUGAAAGGUGAUGUUGAUGUCAACCUGCCAAGCACAAAGGGAGUAAUAAAACCAUCUGGAAUAGACACUGAAGUCCCAGGCUAUGAAAAAGGUCAGACAGGGACAGAUAGUUUACCUAGCGCUAACAUUAAAGGACCAGUUGUAAGCGUAAGUCUUCCAGAGGCUGACUUUGAAGCACCAGAAAUCAACUCAGGCAUUCAAACCAAUGUACCAAAGGUUGAUAGCAAAUACAAAAUGGAAGUGUCUAAGGUAAAGAAAUUAUCUUUAUCCGGGCCAGAUACAGAUUUGAACGUGAGGAGUAGCAAGGCAGAUGGAGAUAUUGAUGUAGCAGCGCUAAAGCCUGAGGGGGAACUCAGGGCACCCAAAAUAGACAUUAAAGGGGCCAAGGAACCAAAAGUUGACAUAAAACCACUUAAGGUUGGCAUCAAAGCACCAGAAGUUGAUGGUGAAGGAGUGAAAUCCAAGGUGUCAUCCAAAACAGGACCCACAACGCCAGAAUGGGAUAUCGGUCUAAAAGGAAGUAAGGUGGAGGGAGAUGUGGAUAUGUCAUUUCCAAAGAUUGUGGGACAUACAACAAAACCUGAGGCUGAGAGUAAAGGACCAGCUGAUUAUGGAAGGCCUAAAGGUAGAUUUGAGAUGCCUGGAAUCGAAAUCAAAGCAUCCAAAGUUAAUGUUACUAGCCCUGAUGUUGACAUUGACAUUGAAAGGGCUGAUGCAAAACUCAAAGGAGACAAAUUCAAAGUGCCAACCAUAUCAGGAACAAAAAUGUCAAUGCCAAGUGUCAAUCUGAGAGGACCAGAACUUAAAGGACAUUUGGAUGUGUCAGAGAAAGACAUGAAAACUCCUGGAAUUGAAAUCAAAGAUUCAGGCAUUAAUGUUAAAGGGCCAAAGAUUGGAUUUGAAAAAACAGAAAUCAAUGUGCCACCAACUGACAUAAAAGGUCCAAGGUUGGAGGGCUCAGAUGUAGAUAUAACCCUUCCUAAGGACAACACUGAUGUGAAACCACCUGGAGUUGUCAUCAAAGGCCCAGAGUUUGAUAUCAAAGGACAAAAGAUUGGAUUUGACAAGCCAAAGAUAAAAAUGCCAACAAUUGACAUCAAGGGUCCAAAGGUAGAAGGUCCAGAUGUGGAUAUAAACCUUUCCAAAACCAAUAUUGAUGGGAAAGCUCCUGAAAUUGUAAUUAAGGGUGCAAAACUGGAAAAUAAGGAUGUUGAUAUGAAUGUUGCCAAAGCAAACAUUGACGUGAAAGCACCCAAAGUUGACAUAAAAGGACCCAAGGUUGAUGUUAAGGGACUGAAUUCAACUGAUAUGGAUUUAAAUCUGAGGGGUCUCACACUUAAAGGUGAUGUGGAUGUGUCAGUGCCAAAGAUAAAAGGAGACAUAGAAACACCUGAAAUAGACAUUAAAGGUCCGAAAGUGGAGGUUCCAGAUGUUGAUGCAAAACUUGCCGAAGGCAAUAUUGAUGUAAACAUAAAAUCUCCUAAGAUUGACAUGAAGGGACCAGAUGUUGACACCGAAGGUCACGUGGGUGGAUUUAAAAUGCCCAAAAUCAAAGUGCCAUCCAUCGGGUUGAAAGGUCCAAAUUUUGAGGGGCCAGAAGUUGAUGUCAGCCUCCCAAAAGCUAAAAUUGAUAUAGGAGCAGCUGAAUUGGAUAUCAAGGGACCAGAUGUUAACAUUGAAAGGCAAGGUGGUAAAAUCCUAGGACCAAACAUCAAUAUGCCAACCAUUUCAGGGCCAAAUGUGGAUUUUAAUCUGAGAGGUCCUAGUUUGAAAGGUGAUAGUGAUGUGAAAGUCCCAAAUAUAGAGGGAGACUUAAAAGGCCCUGAGGUCAACAUCAAAGGUCCACAGGUUGAUACUGAAGGGCCAAAGGGUGGAUUUGGGUUGCCAAAAGUCAAAUUGCCAUUAUUUGGCAUCCAAAGACAAAAAGUGGAGAGCCCAGAUGUUGACAUAAACCUACCCAAAGGCAAGAUUGAUGUAGACAUCAAACCUCCCAAGGUUGAAGGUCCAGAAGUUGACAUUAAAGCACCUAAGAUUGACAUCAAAGGUGCACAGGUUGACAUUGAGGGUCCAAAAGGUGGAUUUGAAAUGUCAAAAAUCAAAAUGCCAUCACUGAACAUUAAAGGUCCAGAAGUGGAGGGUCCAGAUGUUGAUCUAAACCUUCCAAAAGGAAAGAUUGAUGUAGACAUAAAAUCUCCCAAGAUCGAUAUAGAAGGACCAGAAGUUGACAUGGAGGGCCACAAAGGAGGAAUCAAAAUGCCUAAAUUCAAAAUUCCUUCCUUUGGAUUAAAAGGUCCAAAAGUGGAGGGUCCAGAAGUUGAUGUUAGCCUCCCGAAAGCUGAUAUUGAUAUUAAAGCCCCCGAAUUGGAUAUCCAGGGACCAGAUGUUGACAUUGAGAGCCCAAGUGGUAAAUUAAAAGGACCCAAAAUCGGCAUGCCAAGCAUUUCAGGACCAAAACUGUCCAUGCCAGGUGUGGAUUUCAAUCUGAGAGGUCCCAAACUGAAAGGUGAUGUGGAUGUGUCAGUGCCAAAGAUAGAGGGAGACAUAAAAGCACCUGAUGUUGACAUCAAAGGUCCACAGGUUGACAUCGAAGGUCCGAAAGGUGGAUUUGACAUACCGAAAAUCAAAGUUCCAUCACUGAACAUUAAAGGUCCAAAAGUGGAGGGUCCAGAUGUUGAUGUGGACCUUCCCAAAGGCAAGAUUGAUGUAGACAUAAAAACUCCCAAGGUUGACAUAGAAGGACCAGAAGUUGACAUGGAGGGCCACAAAGGAGGAAUCAAAAUGCCUAAAUUCAAAUUGCCUCACUUUGGAUUUAAAGGUCCAAAACUGGGUCCAGAAGUUGAUGUCAGCCUCCCGAAAGCUGAUAUUGAUAUUAAAGCCCCCGAAUUGGAUAUCCAGGGACCAGAUGUUGACAUUGAGAGCCCAAGUGGUAAAUUAAAAGGACCCAAAAUCGGCAUGCCAAGCAUUUCAGGACCAAAACUGUCCAUGCCAGGUGUGGAUUUCAAUCUGAGAGGUCCCAAACUGAAAGGUGAUGUGGAUGUGUCAGUGCCAAAGAUAGAGGGAGACAUAAAAGCACCUGAUGUUGACAUCAAAGGUCCACAGGUUGACAUCGAAGGUCCGAAAGGUGGAUUUGACAUACCGAAAAUCAAAGUUCCAUCACUGAACAUUAAAGGUCCAAAAGUGGAGGGUCCAGAUGUUGAUGUGGACCUUCCCAAAGGCAAGAUUGAUGUAGACAUAAAAACUCCCAAGGUUGACAUAGAAGGACCAGAAGUUGACAUGGAGGGCCACAAAGGAGGAAUCAAAAUGCCUAAAUUCAAAUUGCCUCACUUUGGAUUUAAAGGUCCAAAACUGGAGGGUCCAGAAGUUGAUGUCAGCCUCCCGAAAGCUGAUAUUGAUAUUAAAGCCCCUGAAUUGGAUAUCAAAGGACCAGAUGUUGACAUUGAGAGUCCAAGUGGUGAAUUAAAAGGACCCAAAAUCGGCAUGCCAAGCAUUUCAGGACCAAAACUGUCCAUGCCAGGUGUGGAUUUCAAUCUGAGAGGUCCCAAACUGAAAGGUGAUGUGGAUGUGUCAGUGCCAAAGAUAGAGAGGGAGGACAUAAAAGCACCUGAGGUCGACAUCAAAGGUCCACAGGUUGACAUUGAAGGUUCAAAAGGUGGAUUUGAAUUGCCAAAAUUCAAAAUGCCAUCAUUGAACAUUAAAGGUCCAAAAGUGGAGGGUCCAGAUGUUGAUGUAGACCUUCCCAAAGGCAAGAUUGAUGUGGACAUAAAAACUCCCAAGGUCGACAUAGAAGGACCAGAAGUUGACAUGGAGGGCCACAAAGGAGGAAUCAAAAUGCCUAAAUUCAAAGUACCUUCCUUUGGAUUAAAAGGUCCAAAACUGGAGGGUCCAGAAGUUGAUGUCAGCCUCCCGAAAGCUGAUAUUGAUAUUAAAGCCCCUGAAUUGGAUAUCCAAGGACCAGAUGUUGACAUAGAGAGUCCAAGUGGUAAAUUAAAAGGACCCAAAUUCAACAUGCCAAGCAUUUCAGGGCCAAAACUUUCCAUGCCAGAUGUGGAUUUCAAACUGAAAGGUCCCAAACUGAAAGGUGAUGUGGAUGUGUCAGUGCCAAAGAUAGAGGGAGACAUAAAAGCACCUGAGGUCGACAUCAAAGGUCCACAGGUUGACAUCGAAGGUUCAAAAGGUGGAUUUGAAUUGCCAAAAUUCAAAAUGCCAUCACUGAACAUUAAAGGUCCAAAAGUGGAGGGUCCAGAUGUUGAUGUAGACCUUCCCAAAGGCAAGAUUGAUGUGGACAUAAAAACUCCCAAGGUCGACAUAGAAGGACCAGAAGUUGACAUGGAGGGCCACAAAGGAGGAAUCAAAAUGCCUAAAUUCAAAGUACCUUCCUUUGGAUUAAAAGGCCAAAACUGGGGUCCAGAAGUUGAUGUCAGCCUCCCGAAAGCUGAUAUUGAUAUUAAAGCCCCUGAAUUGGAUAUCCAAGGACCAGAUGUUGACAUAGAGAGUCCAAGUGGUAAAUUAAAAGGACCCAAAUUCAACAUGCCAAGCAUUUCAGGGCCAAAACUUUCCAUGCCAGAUGUGGAUUUCAAACUGAAAGGUCCCAAACUGAAAGGUGAUGUGGAUGUGUCAGUGCCAAAGAUAGAGGGAGACAUAAAAGCACCUGAUGUUGACAUCAAAGGUCCACAGGUUGACAUCGAAGGUUCAAAAGGUGGUUUUGAAUUGCCAAAAUUCAAAAUGCCAUCACUGAACAUUAAAGGUCCAAAAGUGGAGGGUCCAGAUAUUGAUGUAGACCUUCCCAAAGGCAAGAUUGAUGUAGACAUAAAAACUCCCAAGGUCGACAUAGAAGGACCAGAAGUUGACAUGGAGGGCCACAAAGGAGGAAUCAAAAUGCCUAAAUUCAAAGUGCCUUCCUUUGGAUUUAAAGGUCCAAAACUGGAGGGUCCAGAAGUUGAUGUCAGCCUCCCAAAAGCUGAUAUUGAUAUUAAAGCCCCUGAAUUGGAUAUCCAAGGACCUGAUGUUGACAUAGAGAGUCCAAGUGGUAAAUUAAAAGGACCCAAAUUCAGCAUGCCAAGCAUUUCAGGACCAAAACUUUCCAUGCCAGAUGUGGAUUUCAAACUGAAAGGUCCCAAACUGAAAGGUGAUGUGGAUGUGUCAGUGCCAAAGAUAGAGGGAGACAUAAAAGCACCUGAUGUCGACAUCAAAGGUCCACAGGUUGACAUUGAAGGUCCAAAAGGUGGAUUUGAAUUGCCAAAAUUCAAAAUGCCAUCACUGAACAUUAAAGGUCCAAAAGUGGAGGGUCCAGAUAUUGAUGUAGACCUUCCCAAAGGCAAGAUUGAUGUAGACAUAAAAAACCCCCAAGGUCGAUAUAGAAGGACCAGAAGUUGACAUGGAGGGCCACAAAGGAGAAUCAAAAUGCCUAAAUUCAAAGUGCCUUCCUUUGGAUUAAAAGGUCCAAAACUGGAGGGUCCAGAAGUUGAUGUUAGCCUCCCGAAAGCUGAUAUUGAUAUUAAAGCCCCUGAAUUGGAUAUCCAAGGACCAGAUGUUGACAUAGAGAGUCCAAGUGGUAAAUUAAAAGGACCCAAAUUCAGCAUGCCAAGCAUUUCAGGACCAAAACUUUCCAUGCCAGAUGUGGAUUUCAAACUGAAAGGUCCCAAACUGAAAGGUGAUGUGGAUGUGUCAGUGCCAAAGAUAGAGGGAGACAUAAAAGCACCUGAUGUCGACAUCAAAGGUCCACAGGUUGACAUUGAAGGUCCAAAAGGUGGAUUUGAAUUGCCAAAAUUCAAAAUGCCAUCACUGAACAUUAAAGGUCCAAAAGUGGAGGGUCCAGAUAUUGAUGUAGACCUUCCCAAAGGCAAGAUUGAUGUAGACAUAAAAACUCCCAAGGUCGAUAUAGAAGGACCAGAAGUUGACAUGGAGGGCCACAAAGGAGGAAUCAAAAUGCCGAAAUUCAAAGUGCCUUCCUUUGGAUUUAAAGGUCCAAAACUGGAGGGUCCAGAAGUUGAUGUCAGCCUCCCAAAAGCUGAUAUUGAUAUUAAAGCCCCUGAAUUGGAUAUCCAAGGACCAGAUGUUGACAUAGAGAGUACAAGUGGUAAAUUAAAAGGACCCAAAUUCAGCAUGCCAAGCAUUUCAGGACCAAAACUUUCCAUGCCAGAUGUGGAUUUCAAACUGAAAGGUCCCAAACUGAAAGGUGAUGUGGAUGUGUCAGUGCCAAAGAUAGAGGGAGACAUAAAAGCGCCUGAUGUCGACAUCAAAGGUCCACAGGUUGACAUCGAAGGUUCAAAAGGUGGAUUUGAAUUGCCAAAAUUCAAAAUGCCAUCACUGAACAUUAAAGGUCCAAAAGUGGAGGGUCCAGAUAUUGAUGUAGACCUUCCCAAAGGCAAGAUUGAUGUAGACAUAAAAACCCCCAAGGUCGAUAUAGAAGGACCAGAAGUUGACAUGGAGGGCCACAAAGGAGGAAUCAAAAUGCCUAAAUUCAAAGUGCCUUCCUUUGGAUUCAGUGGGCCAAAACUGGAGGGUCCAGAAGUUGAUGUCAGCCUCCCGAAAGCUGAUAUUGAUAUUAAAGCCCCUGAAUUGGAUAUCCAAGGACCAGAUGUUGACAUAGAGAGUCCAAGUGGUAAAUUAAAAGGACCCAAAUUCAGCAUGCCAAGCAUUUCAGGACCAAAACUUUCCAUGCCAGAUGUGGAUUUCAAACUGAAAGGUCCCAAACUGAAAGGUGAUGUGGAUGUGUCAGUGCCAAAGAUAGAGGGAGACAUAAAAGCGCCUGAUGUCGACAUCAAAGGUCCACAGGUUGACAUCGAAGGUUCAAAAGGUGGAUUUGAAUUGCCAAAAUUCAAAAUGCCAUCACUGAACAUUAAAGGUCCAAAAGUGGAGGGUCCAGAUAUUGAUGUAGACCUUCCCAAAGGCAAGAUUGAUGUAGACAUAAAAACUCCCAAGGUCGAUAUAGAAGGACCAGAAGUUGACAUGGAGGGCCACAAAGGAGGAAUCAAAAUGCCGAAAUUCAAAGUGCCUUCCUUUGGAUUUAAAGGUCCAAAACUGGAGGGUCCAGAAGUUGAUGUCAGCCUCCCGAAAGCUGAUAUUGAUAUUAAAGCCCCUGAAUUGGAUAUCCAAGGACCUGAUGUUGACAUUGAGAGCCCAAGUGGUAAAUUAAAAGGACCCAAAUUCAGCAUGCCAAGCAUUUCAGGACCAAAACUUUCCAUGCCAGAUGUGGAUUUCAAACUGAAAGGUCCCAAACUGAAAGGUGAUUUGGAUGUGUCAGUGCCAAAGAUAGAGGGAGACAUGAAAGCACCUGAGGUCGACAUCAAAGGUCCACAGGUUGACAUCGAAGGUUCAAAAGGUGGAUUUGAAUUGCCAAAAUUCAAAAUGCCAUCACUGAACAUUAAAGGUCCAAAAGUGGAGGGUCCAGAUGUUGAUGUGGACCUUCCCAAAGGAAAGAUUGAUGUAGACAUAAAAUCUCCCAAGAUGGAUAUAGAAGGACCAGAUGUUGACAUAGAGGGACAUACAGGAGGAUUUAAAAUGCCCAAAUUCCAUCUGCCAUCCAUCGGGUUGAAAGGUCCAAAAGUGGAGGGUCCAGAUGUUGAUGUCAGCCUCCCGAAAGCUGAUAUUGAUAUUAAAGCCCCUGAAUUGGAUAUCCAAGGACCAGAUGUUGACAUUGGGAGCCCAAGUGGUAAAUUAAAAGGACCCAAAUUCAGCAUGCCAAGCAUUUCAGGACCAAAACUUUCCAUGCCAGACGUGGAUUUCAAUCUGAGAGGUCCCAGACUGAAAGGUGACGUGGAUGUGUCAGUGCCAAAGAUAGAGGGAGACAUAAAAGCACCUGAUGUCGACAUCAAAGGUCCACAGGUUGACAUUGAAGGUCCAAAAGGUGGAUUUGAAUUGCCAAAAUUCAAAAUGCCAUCACUGAACAUUAAAGGUCCAAAACUGGAGGGUCCAGAAGUUGAUGUCAGCCUCCCGAAAGCUGAUAUUGAUAUUAAAGCCCCUGAAUUGGAUAUCCAAGGACCAGAUGUUGACAUUGAGAGUCCAAGUGGUAAAUUAAAAGGACCCAAAUUCAGCAUGCCAAGCAUUUCAGGACCAAAACUUUCCAUGCCAGAUGUGGAUUUCAAACUGAAAGGUCCCAAACUGAAAGGUGAUGUAGAUGUUAAGGUGCCAAAGAUAAAGGGAGACAUAAAAGCACCAGAGGUUGAUAUUAAAGGUCCACAGGUUGACGUUGAAGGUCCGAAAGUUGGAUUUGACUUGCCAACAAUCAAAAUGCCAUCAUUUGGCUUCCAAUGUCCAAAAGUGGAGGGUCCAGAUGUUGAUAUAAAUGUCCCUGAAGCUAACAUUAAAGUGCAAGCACCUGAUGUUGAUGUCAAAGGUCCACAGCUUGAUAUCCAAGGGACGAAGGGAGAACUUAGCGGGCCAAAGGUGAAAUUACCUAAAAUAUCUGGACCAAAGAUAUCAUUGCCAGAUGUUGACAUCAACUUGAAAGGAUCAAAAUCGAAGGCCGAUUUGAAGGGUGAUGUUCAGCUGCCAAAAUCAGAACUUGAGGGACCAGAUGUUACUGUUGAUGUUCCGGAAAUUGGCGCAAAGAAAUCUAAAUUCAAACUGCCAAAGUUUGGAUUUAAGGGCCCAAAGAUUAAGGGUCCAGAAACUGAUGUUGAACUGCCAGAAGUUGAUAUUGAUCUUCCCAGAGCUGACACUGAAAUGAAAAUUCCAGAUGUUGACAUUGAGGGAACAGACAUUAAAAUUGAAAGUCCAGAUGCCAAAAUUAAAGGCACAAAACUAAAAUUGCCAACUAUUACAGGACCGAAAAUUCCAAUGCCAGAUGUGGAUUUCAAACUGAAGGGUCCAAAACUCAAAGGUGAUGUGGAUGUGUCGGUUCCAAAGAUUAAGGGAGACAUAUCAAUACCUGAUGUUGACAUCAAAGGUCCAGAGUUUGAUAUCAAAGGUCCCAAGGGUGGACUUGACAUGCCUAAAAUAAAAAUGCCGUCAUUUGAAAUCAAAGCUCCCAAAGUGGAAAGUCCUGAUGUUGAUAUAAAUCUUCCCAAAGCAAACAUUGCUGUAACUGCACCUGACAUUGACUUAAAGGGUCCAAAUGUUGAAAUCGAAAGCCCUGAUGCAAAGCUCAAAGGACCAAAAUUUAAACUACCAUCAAUAUCAGGACCGAAACUGCCAGAUUGGGAUAUGAGCCUGAAAGGGCCCAAACUGAAAGGUGAUGUGGAUGUGUCAGUGCCAAAGAUAGAGGGAGACAUAAAAGCACCUGAUGUUGACAUCAAAGGUCCACAGGUAAACAUUGAGGGUCCGAAAGGUGGAUUUGAAAUGCCAAAAAUCAAAAUGCCAUCCUUGAACAUUAAAGGUCCAAAAGUGGAGGGUCCAGAUGUUGAUGUAGACCUUCCCAAAGGCAAGAUUGAUGUGGACAUAAAAACUCCCAAGGUUGAUAUCCAAGGACCAGAUGUUGACAUUGAGAGUCCAAGUGGAAAAUUAAAAGGACCCAAAUUCAGCAUGCCAAGCAUUUCAGGACCAAAACUUUCCAUGCCAGAAGUGGAUUUCAAUCUGAGAAGUCCCAAGCUGAAAGGUGAUGUGGAUGUGACAGUGCCAAAGAUAGAGGGAGACAUAAAAGCACCUGAGGUCGACAUCAAAGGUCCACAGGUUGACUUUGAAGGUCCAAAAGGUGGAUUUGAAUUGCCAAAAUUCAAAAUGCCAUCACUGAACAUUAAAGGUCCAAAAGUGGAGGGUCCAGAUAUUGAUGUAGACCUUCCCAAAGGCAAGAUUGAUGUAGACAUAAAAACCCCCAAGGUCGAUAUAGAAGGACCAGAAGUUGACAUGGAGGGCCACAAAGGAGGAAUCAAAAUGCCUAAAUUCAAAUUGCCUUCCUUUGGAUUUAAAGGUCCAAAACUGGAGGGUCAGGUUGAUGUCAGCCUCCCGAAAGCUGAUAUUGAUAUUAAAGCCCCUGAAUUGGAUAUCCAAGGACCAGAUGUUGACAUUGAGAGUCCAAGUGGUAAAUUCAAAGGACCCAAAUUCAGUAUGCCAAGCAUUUCAGGACCAAAACUUUCCAUGCCAGAUGUGGAUUUCGAUCUAAGAGGUCCCAAGCUGAAAGGUGAUGUGGAUGUGUCAGUGCCAAAGAUAGAGGGAGACAUAAAAGCACCUGAUGUCGACAUCAAAGGUCCACAGGUUGACAUUGAAGGUCCAAAAGGUGGAUUUGAAUUGCCAAAAUUCAAAAUGCCAUCACUGAACAUUAAAGGUCCAAAAGUGGAGGGUCCAGAUAUUGAUGUAGACCUCCCCAAAGGCAAGAUUGAUGUAGACAUAAAAACUCCCAAGGUCGACAUAGAAGGACCAGAAGUUGACAUGGAGGGCCACAAAGGAGGAAUCAAAAUGCCUAAAUUCAAAGUGCCUUCCUUUGGAUUAAAAGGUCCAAAACUGGAGGGUCCAGAAGUUGAUGUCAGCCUCCCGAAAGCUGAUAUUGAUAUUAAAGCCCCUGAAUUGGAUAUCCAAGGACCAGAUGUUGACAUAGAGAGUCCAAGUGGUAAAAUCAAAGGACCCAAAUUCAGCAUGCCAAGCAUUUCAGGACCAAAACUUUCCAUGCCAGAUGUGGAUUUCAAACUGAAAGGUCCCAAACUGAAAGGUGAUGUGGAUGUGUCAGUGCCAAAGAUAGAGGGAGACAUAAAAGCACCUAAUGUCGACAUCAAAGGUCCACAGGUUGACAUCGAAGGUCCAAAAGGUGGAUUUGAAUUGCCAAAAUUCAAAAUGCCAUCAUUGAACAUUAAAGGUCCAAAAGUGGAGGGUCCAGAUGUUGAUGUAGACCUUCCCAAAGGCAAGAUUGAUGUGGACAUAAAAACUCCCAAGGUCGAUAUAGAAGGACCAGAAGUUGACAUGGAGGGCCACAAAGGAGGAAUCAAAAUGCCUAAAUUCAAAGUGCCUUCCUUUGGAUUCAGUGGGCCAAAACUGGAGGGUCCAGAAGUUGAUGUCAGCCUCCCGAAAGCUGAUAUUGAUAUUAAAGCCCCUGAAUUGGAUAUCCAAGGACCUGAUGUUGACAUUGAGAGUCCAAGUGGUAAAUUAAAAGGACCAAAAUUCAGCAUGCCAAGCAUUUCAGGACCAAAACUUUCCAUGCCAGAUGUGGAUUUCAAACUGAAAGGUCCCAAACUGAAAGGUGAUGUGGAUGUGUCAGUGCCAAAGAUAGAGGGAGACAUAAAAGCACCUAAUGUUGACAUCAAAGGUCCACAGGUUGACAUUGAAGGUCCAAAAGGUGGUUUUGAAUUGCCAAAAUUCAAAAUGCCAUCACUGAACAUUAAAGGUCCAAAAGUGGAGGGUCCAGAUAUUGAUGUAGACCUUCCCAAAGGCAAGAUUGAUGUAGACAUAAAAACUCCCAAGGUCGAUAUAGAAGGACCAGAUGUUGACAUGGAGGGCCACAAAGGAGGAAUCAAAAUGCCUAAAUUCAAAGUGCCUUCCUUUGGAUUCAGUGGGCCAAAACUGGAGGGUCCAGAAGUUGAUGUCAGCCUCCCGAAAGCUGAUAUUGAUAUUAAAGCCCCUGAAUUGGAUAUCCAAGGACCAGAUGUUGACAUAGAGAGUCCAAGUGGUAAAAUCAAAGGACCCAAAUUCAGCAUGCCAAGCAUUUCAGGACCAAAACUUUCCAUGCCAGAUGUGGAUUUCAAACUGAAAGGUCCCAAACUGAAAGGUGAUGUGGAUGUGUCAGUGCCAAAGAUAGAGGGAGACAUAAAAGCACCUGAUGUCGACAUCAAAGGUCCACAGGUUGACAUCGAAGGUCCAAAAGGUGGAUUUGAAUUGCCAAAAUUCAAAAUGCCAUCAUUGAACAUUAAAGGUCCAAAAGUGGAGGGUCCAGAUAUUGAUGUAGACCUUCCCAAAGGCAAGAUUGAUGUAGACAUAAAUACUCCCAAGGUCGAUAUAGAAGGACCAGAAGUUGACAUGGAGGGCCACAAAGGAGGAAUCAAAAUGCCUAAAUUCAAAGUGCCUUCCUUUGGAUUCAGUGGUCCAAAACUGGAGGGUCCAGAAGUUGAUGUCAGCCUCCCGAAAGCUGAUAUUGAUAUUAAAGCCCCUGAAUUGGAUAUCCAAGGACCUGAUGUUGACAUAGAGAGUCCAAGUGGUAAAUUCAAAGGACCCAAAUUCAGCAUGCCAAGCAUUUCAGGACCAAAACUUUCCAUGCCAGACGUGGAUUUCAAUCUGAGCGGUCCUAGACUGAAAGGUGAUGUGGAUGUGUCAGUGCCAAAGAUAGAGGGAGAAAUAAAGGCACCUGAUGUCGACAUCAAAGGUCCACAGGUUGACAUUGAAGGACCAAAAGGAGGAUUUGAAUUGCCAAAAUUCAAAAUGCCAUCAUUGAACAUUAAAAGUCCAAAAGUGGAGGGUCCAGAUAUUGAUGUAGACCUUCCCAAAGGCAAGAUUGAUGUAGACAUAAAAACCCCCAAGGUCGAUAUAGAAGGACCAGAAGUUGACAUGGAGGGCCACAAAGGAGGAAUCAAAAUGCCUAAAUUCAAAAUUCCUUCCUUUGGAUUUAAAGGUCCAAAACUGGAGGGUCCAGAACUUGAUGUCAGCCUCCCAAAAGCUGAUAUUGAUAUUAAAGCCCCUGAAUUGGAUAUCCAAGGACCGGAUGUUGACAUUGAGUCCAAGUGCAAAUUAAAAGGACCCAAAUUCAGCAUGCCAAGCAUUUCAGGACCAAAACUUUCCAUGCCAGAUGUGGAUUUCAAACUGAAAGGUCCCAAAUUGAAAGGUGAUGUGGAUGAUGUGUCAGUACCCAAGAUAGAGGGAGACAUAAAAGCACCUGAUGUCGACAUCAAAGGUCCACAGGUUGACAUCGAAGGUCCAAAAGGUGGAUUUGAAUUGCCAAAAUUCAAAAUGCCAUCACUGAACAUUAAAGGUCCAAAAGUGGAGGGUCCAGAUAUUGAUGUAGACCUUCCCAAAGGCAAGAUUGAUGUAGACAUAAAAACUCCCAAGGUCGAUAUAGAAGGACCAGAAGUUGACAUGGAGGGCCACAAAGGAGGAAUUAAAAUGCCUAAAUUCAAAAUUCCUUCCUUUGGAUUAAAAGGUCCAAAACUGGAGGGUCCAGAAGUUGAUGUCAGCCUCCCGAAAGCUGAUAUUGAUAUUAAAGCCCCUGAAUUGGAUAUCCAGGGACCAGAUGUUGACAUUGAGAGCCCAAGUGGUAAAUUAAAAGGACCCAAAUUCAGCAUGCCAAACAUUUCAGGACCAAAACUUUCCAUGCCAGAUGUGGAUUUCAAACUGAAAGGUCCCAAACUGAAAGGUGAUGUGGAUGUGUCAGUACCCAAGAUAGAGGGAGACAUAAAAGCACCUGAUGUCGACAUCAAAGGUCCACAGGUUGACAUCGAAGGUCCAAAAGGUGGAUUUGAAUUGCCAAAAUUCAAAAUGCCAUCACUGAACAUUAAAGGUCCAAAAGUGGAGGGUCCAGAUAUUGAUGUAGACCUUCCAAAAGGCAAGAUUGAUGUAGACAUAAAAACUCCCAAGGUCGAUAUAGAAGGACCAGAAGUUGAUAUGGAGGGCCACAAAGGAGGAAUCAAAAUGCCUAAAUUCAAAAUUCCUUCCUUUGGGUUAAAAGGUCCAAAACUGGAGGGUCCAGAACUUGAUGUCAGUCUCCCAAAAGCUGAUAUUGAUAUUAAAGCCCCUGAAUUGGAUAUCCAGGGACCAGAUGUUGACAUUGAGAGCCCAAGUGGUAAAUUCAAAGGACCCAAAUUCAGCAUGCCAAGCAUUUCAGGACCAAAACUUUCCAUGCCAGAUGUGGAUUUCAAAUUGAAAGGUCCCAAACUGAAAGGUGAUGUGGAUGUGUCAGUGCCAAAGAUAGAGGGAGACAUAAAAGCACCUGAUGUCGACAUCAAAGGUCCACAGGUUGACAUCGAAGGUCCAAAAGGUGGAUUUGAAUUGCCAAGAUUUAAAAUGCCAUCACUGAACAUUAAAGGUCCAAAAGUGGAGGGUCCAGAUAUUGAUGUAGACCUUCCAAAAGGCAGCAUUGAUGUUGAAAUUCCUGAUGUAGACAUGACGUCUCCUGAGAUCAAUAUUGAAGGACCAGAUCUUGACAUAGAGAGUACAAGUGGUAAAAUUAAAGGUCCUAAAUUUAAACUGCCAUCUCUAUCUGGACCAAAGUUACCGGACUUUGAUAUGAGUCUCAAAGCGCCCAAAAUAAAGGGAGAUGUUGAUGUGUCUGUUCCAAAGUUUGAGGGUGACAUAAAAGCUCCCACAGUUGAUAUUGAAGGACCAGAUGUUGAUAUUAAGGGUCACAAAGGAGGAUUUAAAAUGCCUAAAUUCCACAUGCCAUCCUUUGAAAUGAAAGGUUCAAAUGUUGAGGGGCCAGAUGUUGAUGUAAACCUCCCAAAGGCUGAUAUUGAUGUUAAAGCCCCAGAACUGGAUAUGAAAGGACCAGAUUUUAACAUCAAGAGUCCAAGUGGUAAAAUCAAAGGACCCAAAUUCAGCAUGCCAAGCAUUUCAGGACCAAAACUUUCCAUGCCUGAUGUGGGUUUAAAUCUGAAAGGUCCUAAACUGAAAGGUGAUGUGGAUAUGUCAGUUCCAAAGUUAAAGGGAGACAUAAAAACACCUGAGUUUGACAUCAAAGGUCCACAGGUUAACCUCGAAGGCCCAAAAGGUGGACUUGAAAUGCCAAAAAUCAAUAUGCCAUCGUUUGAGAUCAAAGGUCCCACACUGGAGGGUCCAGAUGUGGAUGUAAAUCUUCCUAAAGCUAACUUUGAUGUGAAAAUGCCUAAAGUAGAACUUAAAACUCCAGAGACUGACAUUAAAGGCCCUGAUGGAAAAUUUAAAGGGCCUAAAUUCACUAAGCCAAGCAUAUCAGGACCCAAAUUUUCAAUGCCAGAUGUGGACAUUGAAGGGCCAGAUGUUGACAUCAAGGGUCCUAAAGGAGGAUUUAAAAUGCCUAAAUUCCACCUGCCAUCCUUUGGAUUCAAAGGUCCAAAAGUGGAGGGUCCAGAAGUUGAUGUCAGUCUUCCAAAAGCUGAUAUUGAUAUCAAAGCACCUGAUAUAGAUAUCAAAGCACCAGAUGUUGACAUUGAGAGUCCAAGUGGUAAAUUAAAAGGACCCAAAUUCAACAUGCCAAGCAUUUCAGGACCAAAACUUUCCAUGCCAGAUGUGGAUUUCAAACUGAAAGGUCCCAAACUGAAAGGUGAUGUGGAUGUGUCAGUGCCAAAGAUAGAGGGAGACAUAAAAGCACCUGAUGUCGACAUCAAAGGUCCACAGGUUGACAUUGAAGGUCCAAAAGGUGGAUUUGAAUUGCCAAAAUUCAAAAUGCCAUCACUGAACAUUAAAGGUCCAAAAGUGGAGGGUCCAGAUAUUGAUGUAGACCUUCCCAAAGGCAAGAUUGAUGUAGACAUAAAAACUCCCAAGGUCGAUAUAGAAGGACCAGAAGUUGACAUGGAGGGCCACAAAGGAGGAAUCAAAAUGCCGAAAUUCAAAGUGCCUUCCUUUGGAUUAAAAGGUCCAAAACUGGAGGGUCCAGAAGUUGAUGUCAGCCUCCCGAAAGCUGAUAUUGAUAUUAAAGCCCCUGAAUUGGAUAUCCAAGGACCAGAUGUUGACAUUGAGAGUCCAAGUGGUAAAUUCAAAGGACCCAAAUUCAGCAUGCCAAGCAUUUCAGGACCAAAACUUUCCAUGCCAGACGUGGAUUUCAAUCUGAGAGGUCCCAGACUGAAAGGUGAUGUGGAUGUGUCAGUGCCAAAGAUAGAGGGAGACAUAAAAGCGCCUGAUGUCGACAUCAAAGGUCCACAGGUUGACAUUGAAGGUCCAAAAGGUGGAUUUGAAUUGCCAAAAUUCAAAAUGCCAUCACUGAACAUUAAAGGUCCAAAAGUGGAGGGUCCAGAUAUUGAUGUAGACCUUCCAAAAGGCAAGAUUGAUGUAGACAUAAAAACUCCCAAGGUCGAUAUAGAAGGACCAGAAGUUGACAUGGAGGGCCACAAAGGAGGAAUCAAAAUGCCUAAAUUCAAAGUGCCUUCCUUUGGAUUAAAAGGUCCAAAACUGGAGGGUCCAGAAGUUGAUGUCAGCCUCCCGAAAGCUGAUAUUGAUAUUAAAGCCCCUGAAUUGGAUAUCCAAGGACCAGAUGUUGACAUUGAGAGUCCAAGUGGUAAAUUAAAAGGACCCAAAUUCAGCAUGCCAAGCAUUUCAGGACAAACUUCCAUGCCAGACGUGGAUUUCAAUCUGAGAGGUCCCAGACUGAAAGGUGAUGUGGAUGUGUCAGUGCCAAAGAUAGAGGGAGACAUAAAAGCACCUGAUGUCGACAUCAAAGGUCCACAGGUUGACAUCGAAGGUUCAAAAGGUGGAUUUGAAUUGCCAAAAUUCAAAAUGCCAUCACUGAACAUUAAAGGUCCAAAAGUGGAGGGUCCAGAUGUUGAUGUGGACCUUCCCAAAGGAAAGAUUGAUGUAGACAUAAAAUCUCCCAAGAUGGAUUUUGAAGGACCAGAUGUUGACAUAGAGGGCCAUACAGGAGGAUUUAAAAUGCCCAAAUUCCAUCUGCCAUCCAUCGGGUUGAAAGGUCCAAAAUUCGAGAGUCCAGAAGUUGAUGUCAGCCUCCCAAAAGCUGAAAUUGGUAUCAAAGCACCUGAAGUCGACAUCAAAGGUCCACAGGUUGACAUUGAAGGUCCGGAAGGUAGAUUUGAUAUGCCAACAAUCAAAAUGCCAUCAUUUGGCUCCCAAGGUCCAAAGGUAGAGGGUCCAGAUGUUGAUGUAAACCUUCCAAAAGGAAAGAUUGAUGUAGACAUAAAAUCUCCCAAGAUGGAUAUAGAAGGACCAGAUGUUGACAUAGAGGGCCAUACAGGAGGAUUUAAAAUGCCUAAAUUCCAUCUGCCAUCCAUUGGGUUGAAAGGUCCAAAAUUCGAGAGUCCAGAAGUUGAUGUCAACCUCCCAAAAGCUGAAAUUGGUAUCAAAGCACCUGAGGUCGACAUCAAAGGUCCACAGGUUGACAUUGAAGGUCCGAAAGUUGGAUUUGACAUGCCAACAAUCAAAAUGCCAUCAUUUGGCUUCCAAGGUCCGAAAGUGGAGGGUCCCGAUGUUGAUGUAAACCUUCCCAAAGGCAAGAUUGAUGUGAGUGCAUCUGGCGUUGACAUUCAAGGACCACAGAUUGACAUAGAAGGACCUGAUUCAAAAGUCAAAGGACCCAAAUUUAAAAUGCCAACUGUUUCAGGACCACAAUUGUCCAUGCCCACCGUUGAUUUUAACCUGAGAGGUCCCAAACUGAAAGGUGAUGUGGGUAUGUCAGUGCCAAAGAUAGAGGGUGACAUAAAAAACCCUGAUGUUUCCAUCAAAGGUCCACAGAUUAAAGGGCCGAAGGGUCAAUUUGACAUGCCAAAAAUCAAAAUGCCAUCAGCUGACUUUAAAGGUCCAAAGAUGGAGGGCCCAGGUAUUGACAUAAAUAUUCCUAAAUCUAAUGCUGAUGUUAAAGUACCAGAUGUUGAUAUCAACCUCAAAGGCAAGAUGGAUGCAUCAGUGCCCAAAAUGAAAGCAGACAUCAAAGGUCCAGAUGCCAGUGUUGCAGUACCCACCAUCACAAUGGAAGGUGUGUCUCUUGAUCCUGCAAAGACAGGCGUUACAUUUCCCAAGUUUAAAGGUCCUAAGUUUGGAAUGAAAUCCCAAGAAGUCGAGGGGAAGACACCCACGUUGAGUGUGGGAGUAAAAGGUUCCAAAACAGAAGUUAGUCUCCCUGAUACUGAAGCAAGUCUUGAUGCCCCUGAUAUUGAUAUAAAUGUAAGGGGGAAAAAGGGGAAAUUCAAACUUCCUAAAGGGAAAGGAAAGUCAAAGAAACCUGGUAUUGACAUAGAAAUUCCAGCAGUAGACCUAGAUGCAGACACACCUAAUAUUCAUGUCAAAGGAACAAAGGUAAAGAAGCCUCUUUUUGGUAAGCUUCAUUUUCCUGAUGUGGAACUAGAUAUUAAGUCACCAAAAAUGAAAGGCGAUGGAUCUUUAUCAGAGGGAUUCAAAUCACCUGACAUAGAGUUUCCAUCUGCCAGCUUCAACACCACUGUUGAGGGUUCUGGUAUUGGCAGUCCAAAUGUUAAUUUGGGAGGGGCAGACGUGAAAUUAAAGACUCCUAAUAUUAAAAUGUCAAAUGUGAAUGUGUCCACAUCUGAUGUUGAUACAAAUCUAAACAGACAAGGAGAGGCAAGCAUGUCUGCAGGUUUUAAAGGCCCAAAAAUAAAUUUGAAAGGUGGUGCAGGGAUUGAUACAACUGGUUCAGGGGCUAGUGCAAGUGGUGGCCUUAAUUACCCAGAAGGUACUGUAACAUUUCCCAAAAUUAAGGUACCAAAAUUUGGUAUUGCUCUGCCUCAGGUGGAAAGCCAGGGAGAUGGAGGAAAUGUUGAGUCAGCUAGCGGAGGCAUAAGUAUACAGUCUCCAUCUGUUAGUUGCCAAGUCAGUUCACAAAAUAUUGAGGUUCCCAGUCCAGAACUGAGGCACAGUGAAGGCAAAGUAAAGGUAAAGAUGCCAAAAUUGUUUGGCAAAUCAAAAGCAAAGGGCAGUAGUGCAAGUGACCUUCAGGGACCGGAUGUAGAAUUGAGCACAAGUGGAGGAGGUGGAAAAUUUGAAGCAGAGGGUGAUCCUAGGCUCAGUGUAUCAGCUAAAGGCAAGUCAGCCUCACUGGAUCUAUUUCAGAGAUCAAGACAUCGGUCUUCUUCUCUGAGUGAUGAGGGGGGACUUGCAGUUAGUUCUCCUUCAACUCACUUAGAAGCUGAGGGUGGCGACAUUUCAUUAGACCUAGGAGGAGGCAAGGUCAAAGGAAAGAAAGGCAAGUUGAAGUUUGGCACCUUUGGAGGUUUUGGUUCAAAGUCAAAGGGCUCAUAUGAAGUGUCACUUGGUGAGGAGGGUGAAGCAGGUGCAGGAGUUUCUCUACCUUCUAAAAAAUCGCGAUUGUCUUCAUCUUCCAGCAGUGACAGUGGUUCAAGAGGUGGUUUCAGGUUCCCAAGACUUGAACUAUCUGUUUCACCAAAAAAAUAAUUAAAUAUGAGGCAAGUUAAACUUUCUCAUGUACACCCAAAUAGUCUUUUCUGAUGUGGCAUUUUUUCAUUCUAAAGCUGUUUUAAAGGCGAUGUACAGCCAUCUCAAUAUUGUUAAAUAUAAUUGUUUUCAGUAAUUAGACAACAGUGCAUGAGAUUGUUUAAAAUCCCUUCAAACUGUAAAUAAGAUAAAUUUGUAUUGUAAUAAUAAAUGCUGUUUCUUGUACAUAGUCCAGAUUUAUUGAACAUAUGCCAUCUCACCAAAUUUUUACCAAUAGUUUAAUAUGGGAUUUGCCUUUUUGUCAUGUUUCAUUCUAUUACAUGAAUGGUAUUAAUAAUUGGGUGUGGUAUAUUUGUAUCCAGGGGUCUAUUGCACAGAACAGAUAGUUAUAACAGUAAUUUUGAAGGACAGUGUUGCUUAUACAUCCAGACACAAAUAUAAACAGUUACCAUUUUUUAAAUGUAUGAAAUUAUUUUAUUUUCAAGCUUUGAUAUUAUAUAAUCAGUGCAGAAGCAUAUCUAGGCAAUAUAGAGCUGGCCCUUUGUAACACAUUCUGAAGAGUAAUGGUGUUGUAUAUACCAUAAUUGCAAAGACAAUCACUGUUUGGAAACUAUCAACACUUUGAAGUGCUGUCAGUACUUUUCUGUUAAUUUUUCAGAAACUUUAUUCACCCUCUGAUUCUGUGCCAUUUAUCAAAAAUAUGCAUUGUUAAAUUUGUUUUAAAUAUGUUUUGUCUCCUAAUCCUGUGUCAAUUUCAUUCUUACCUGUUUUGUGAUCCUCUUAAUUUUAUUUCCUGUCACUCUCUCUUUGUACACAGACCUUUUGAUUAUGUAAAAAGAAUGUCACAAAUAAACUGUCACUUUUUGAUUGCAACAAAA